UUACCAACUUACUGGUAAAACUGCAAGGCGGCGACUCUCAUGGCCAUCAACUGCUACAACUGACCUGAACAUUGCCGUUGAGCUUGCUAUUCGAUCAUUAUUCUAUGACUCUCGCAUACAAGUUCAGUUCUAUUUGCACAUGCUCUCUCAAUGCACGACCUCUAUUUGCCGCGCCCAAGAAAGGGUUGACAGCUUACUCAUUGCGAAACUCAGCUAGGAUCAACUUCUUCCAUACAGAUGAGCAUCCUUCUGAAGAGCUUUACAAUCCAACGGAGCAGACUAUCCUGCAAGCUGCAAUGAAGCAUGUGCCUGAGCAUGGCUUUUCACUUGCUGCCAUUUCGCAAGGUGCACUUGACACUGGCCAUCUCGACAUUACACGCAAUCUGUUUCCUGCUGGCGCCUAUGACCUUGUGCGAUACUUCCAGACCCAAGAACGUCUGAAGCUCAAAGAUGCGUUCAGUGGGGUGCAAGUAGAUAAAGAGAUCAAAGGGACCGGCCCGAGAAUUGAAGCGCUGGUCAAGCUUCGCCUUGCUGGCAACCUGCCCGUUCGCUCGCAGCUGCAAGAAAUGCUUGCUGUAAUGGCCAUACCAAGCAAUAUACCGGCUAGCCUCUCUCAAUUGCACGAUUUGUCUGAUGAGAUUUGGCAUCUCGCAAGCACUCAAGAAGAAGCCACCAAGUCUGCGAAUAUGAAUUGGUACACCAAACGUGCAAGCUUAUCAACAGUCUAUGCGACCACCGAGAUAUUCAUGGCACAAGACUCGUCUCCAGAUUGCGUUGACACCCAUGCUUUUCUCAAGCGCAGACUGAACGACUUGCGCAUGGUGGGUGGCAGUAUCAGCGAGGUCAGUGAAUUUGUCGGCUUUCAAUUGUGGCAGGCGCGCAAUAUUUUGGCCUCCAAGGGCCUGAAAUUCUGAAGGUGGGGACCCCUGGUUCGAGUAUGGAGUGGCGUCCAUCCAU